UCAGACUGCACCUGCACCUCACGUGAUGUGUCAGACGCUGUGUGUCAUAGCGGAUGUGUGAACGCUCUGUCUCAGUCUACCAUUCGACUACGUUUAUUUAAAAUAACGCGUAACAAUUUCUGCGAACGAAUAUUUAAGUAAAAUAUUUGGAAAUAACUAGUGACUAACAUGAUGUGAGUUUGGACACUGUGUAUUUUUGCUGACGUUGCCUACAGUUAAAAAGUUUUCAGCAAACAAGAGCAGACUGCGCGAACAGGUAAAAUAAAGAUCAAUUAUCUAGUUUCAGUCUUCAGACUUUGGCAAGCAUUUUGAACCAUUUUUAUUCAGAAAGUAUGGACAUUAUAUUUCAAAUGAAAUAUUUUUAAGGUAGACGUUUUUAAGGUGCGAAAAUGGAAAACAAGGAGUUUCAACUGGAUCUUCAAGAACUUGUAGAGAACUAUGCCUGGAAAAGAUUCACCGUCCAACUUGGUUGCAUUAAGCGGCUUUUUCACAGAAGAUACAAGUAUUACUUUGACAUUCCUUGGGGCUUUGUUGAAUUUUCGCACGAGACGACGAAAACAAACGAACGCCCACAAAAAGACGGAGGAAAAGACAAAAACAAAGUACUGUUCUUUUCGACAUUUGAUAACAUGUCAGAAGGACCACAAAAGUACACGUUUGCAACGGAAAGAUCGACAACCGCUACAACAAGCGUUGAGAUGCAAGAUAACUACACCAUAGGAAAAACAGCCAAUCUCGAAAUCGACCUCAAAGGCGUAAAGGUUGGUGUAGGUGUCAAUGAUUCUCUGUCCGUGACCGACACAAAGUGUGAAGAAUUCAGCGAGAUCUUAACAUGGAACAUCAACACGGAAAUCAUUGUACCGCCCUGGACCAGUGCUCGAGCAACGCUGUACAUCGUUGAAGAACAGUCGUUCAAGGAGUUCGAAGUUACCACAAGAAUAUCGCUGCGCACAGGCUCACUUCCGGUUUCUAUUCGACGGAUCAAGGACAACAAGAUUGUUAAAACCUACCGGAUAACAAAUCUGAGAUGCAUCUUCACCGAUAAGCAUGAUAAGCUGGUGAAGUUUGAAAAGGUGGAUGUUCCAAACAGCGAGAUAAAGGACGUCGUUCCGGUAAUCGUGUCAAAAGGUGUUUGCAAGAACCUGUCCUGGAAGAAUCAGCACGUGGAGCUUCAAUGUUCAGAAAUAAAACCCGAAGCUAACGAAGCCAGGUCGGCAACGAAUGUCGUAGACUAAACAUACACUAAACAUGAUGACUCUGCAAAUCUGUUCAUUGGUAGUUUAUUGACAAUGUAUUGAAAAUUUACUAACGGAAACUGUGGGAAAUAUAUAAUAUGAUGACAAGACACAGCGAAUGCAAUUAAGUCAAUAAAGUAUAAGUAAUGUUCAAUUCUGAUCUUCGUAUAUAAGAUAGUUGCAGACGAAAAGUGUAUAGUCCAACAAGGAACAACCAAGGUUAUAUACAUUGAAAUUAUAUAAUAUUUUCCAGUUAUGUUACUUUCUAUAUGCUUAUUAUUACAUAAUAUCUAUUUUAUGCAAUGUAUGUUUCUUAUCUUCAAUUGUUUCUUAUAAUAUAUAUUUACCAAUAUUUAGUGAAUUCUCUUACAUAAGGACAUACGUUUUUGCAAGACCAAACGUCUACCAUCGGCCCACGAUAUAGCGCUUAGGCCGAUUAUAGAUGUCCGGUCUAGCUCUGUCAGAUGUACUCGUUUAUACUGCAUAUCAUCAAUAACUAAAUUUAUUACCGAACUAGCUUUCCGUACUUGAAUUUGCAUUCAAUAGAUUACGCAAUCGACGACGUUUCGUGUUCAAAAUUUUCUGUGUCAAAACACACCAGUUUAAGAUUUUUUUGCUUUUAUUUUGUGACAAAACUUCGGACUCGCUUUGUUUUUUUAACAGUAAAGUAUGUUUAUGAAAAGCAUCGAAAUAAAAACGUAGUUCAGA